UCCUCGCUCUCUGUCCCUCUCCCUCUUUAGAAGCCAGUCACCCUCCCUCUUACCUAUCCGGCCACUUUGGUGCUUAUUUAUUCACAGGAUCCUCCCUUAUUCCAUCGUGACAGCGUUCCUGACGAUUUUUAUCCAAUCCAUCGGAUGUUGGACAGCAUGUAUUUCGUCUUUCACCCUCAGUGAUGAAUGAUUUGUGUGAAAACACUGCUCGCGAUCCGCCGCCGCUGCUGCUGUGAUGAUGGAGAGGCGGUGUGUGUCAGAGCGGGGCGGCUAGAGGCCCAGCAAAGCCCCGCCCUGGAUUUACAGUCCUGACCGAGCGACUGAACACCAACAGCGGAUUACCUCACAACAACUCUUCGGUACAUACCCAUAUUAGCUAUACACAUAAACUAUAAUUCAGUGGAUCUGAAGAGAAGUUAUAAAGCAAGCAGAUCAGAUGAGAUCUGAACUAUGAUGGACAUUUACUUUUACAAGUGGCCCUAACAUCACACCAAGGAGAAACGGAGGUUGGAGAUUUUUUCUUUUUUCUUUUGAAGAUUGUGAGGACUUCACAUCAUGCCUCCAAGACCCUCCUCGGGAGAACUAUGGGGCAUCCAUUUGAUGCCCCCCAGGAUUCUGGUGGACUGUCUGCUGCCCAAUGGCAUGAUCCUGACACUAGAAUGCCUCAGGGAGGCCACUCUCAUCACAAUCAAACAUGAACUGUUUAAAGAGGCUAGGAAGUACCCCCUCCACCACCUGCUGCAGGAGGAGACCUCCUAUAUUUUCGUCAGUGUAACGCAAGAGGCAGAACGUGAGGAGUUCUACGAUGAGACGAGAAGACUUUGUGACCUUCGGCUAUUCCAGCCCUUCCUAAAGGUCAUAGAACCUGUAGGGAACAGAGAGGAAAAAAUCCUCAACAGAGAAAUCGGUUUUGCCAUCGGCAUGCCGGUGUGCGAGUUUGAUCUAGUGAAGGAUCCUGAGGUGCAGGAUUUUAGGAGAAAUAUUCUUAAUGUCUGCAAAGACUCAGUAGAGCUACGAGAUGCCAGUGGGCCACACAGUCGAGCACUAUACGUUUAUCCUCCUAACGUGGAGUCUUCACCAGAGCUUCCAAAGCAUAUAUAUGGCAAAUUAGACAAAGGUCAAAUCAUUGUGGUUAUCUGGGUGAUCGUCUCACCCAACAACGACAAGCAAAAGUACACACUUAAGAUCAAUCACGACUGCGUACCUGAGCAGGUGAUCGCCGAAGCCAUCAGGAAGAAGACAAGGAGCAUGCUGCUGUCGGCCGAGCAGCUAAAGAUGUGCGUGCAAGAAUAUCAGGGCAAAUACAUCCUGAAAGUCUGCGGCUGUGACGAGUAUCUGUUGGAAAAGUACCCCAUCAGUCAGUACAAGUAUGUACGGAGUUGCAUUAUGCUGGGUCGGUUGCCAAACCUCAUGCUUAUGUCCAAGGACAGCCUUUACUCUCAGCUGCCUAUGGACAACUUCACCAUGCCCUCCUACGCCCGCCGGAUCUCCACCGCCACGCCUUACAUGAACGGAGAGGCCUCCACCAAAUCCCUCUGGACCAUUAACAGUACUCUAAGGAUACGGGUCCUCUGUGCCACAUACGUUAAUGUGAAUAUUCGGGACAUUGACAAGAUUUAUGUGCGGACAGGGAUCUACCAUGGUGGAGAACAGUUGUGUGAUAAUGUCAACACACAGCGUGUGCCGUGUUCAAACCCAAGGUGGAACGAGUGGCUGACCUAUGACAUGUACAUUCCCGACAUCCCCCGGGCGGCUCGCCUCUGUCUCUCCAUCUGCUCUGUGAAAGGAAGGAAGGGGGCAAAAGAGGAGCACUGUCCACUGGCCUGGGGAAAUGUCAACCUGUUUGACUAUACACACACUCUGGUCUCAGGAAAGAUGGCACUGAACCUGUGGCCAGUACCACACGGCCUAGAAGACCUCCUCAACCCCAUUGGGGUCACGGGCUCCAACCCUAAUAAGGAAACCCCAUGUCUAGAGCUGGAGUUUGACCACUUCAGCUCACCCGUUAAGUUCCCUGACAUGGCCACGAUUGAGGAUCACGCUAACUGGAUAAUAUCCAGGGAGAUGGGAUACAAUUACUGCCAGUCUGGACAGAGCAGCAGACUGGCUCGAGACCAUGCCAUGACGGAGACAGAUAUAGAGCAACUUCGUCAGCUGAGCAACAGGGACCCGCUUUCUGAGAUCACUGAGCAGGAAAAAGACUUCUUAUGGAGACACAGGCAGUAUUGUGUAAAUAUUCCAGAAAUCCUGCCAAAGAUUCUCCUGGCAGUGAAAUGGAAUUCCAGGGAUGAAGUUGCACAGAUGUAUUGUCUUCUUAAAGACUGGCCCGCAAUAAAGCCUGAACAAGCCAUGGAGUUGCUUGACUGCAACUAUCCUGAUCCAAUGAUCCGAGACUUUGCAGUUCGGUGCCUUGAGAAGUAUCUGACUGAUGACAAACUCUCACAGUACCUCAUUCAGCUGGUUCAGGUUUUGAAGUAUGAGCAGUAUCUUGAUAACCCACUGGUGCGAUUUCUGCUGAAAAAAGCUCUAACCAACCAGAGGAUUGGGCACUUCUUCUUUUGGCAUUUGAAGUCAGAAAUGCACAAUAAAACCGUGAGUCAGCGGUUUGGUCUGCUGCUGGAGUCGUACUGUCGGGCAUGUGGCAUGUACCUGAAGCACCUGAGCAGACAGGUGGAAGCCAUGGAGAAGCUCAUCAACCUCACAGACAUUCUCAAACAGGAAAAGAAGGAUGAAACUCAGAAGGUGCAAAUGAAGUUCCUGGUGGAGCAGAUGAGGCGACCGGACUACAUGGAUGCACUCCAAAAUUUCACCUCUCCACUCAACCCUGCCCACCAGCUGGGUAACCUACGACUUGAAGACUGCAGAAUCAUGUCCUCUGCCAAGAGACCGCUCUGGCUGAACUGGGAAAAUCCUGACAUCAUGUCUGAACUUCUCUUCCAAAACAAUGAGAUCAUCUUCAAAAACGGGGAUGACCUGCGGCAAGACAUGCUGACACUUCAGAUCAUCAGAAUAAUGGAGAACAUUUGGCAAAAUCAGGGGCUGGACCUGAGAAUGCUCCCCUAUGGCUGCUUGUCUAUUGGAGACUGCGUGGGUCUCAUCGAGGUAGUGAGAAGUUCCCACACCAUCAUGCAGAUUCAGUGUAAAGGAGGUCUAAAAGGGGCACUGCAGUUUAACAGUUCAACACUGCAUCAGUGGCUAAAGGACAAGAACAAGGGCGAGAUGUAUGACAUGGCCAUCGACUUGUUUACACGAUCCUGCGCUGGCUAUUGUGUGGCCACUUUCAUUCUGGGCAUAGGUGACAGACACAACAGUAACAUCAUGGUGAAGGAUGAUGGGCAGCUGUUUCAUAUAGAUUUUGGUCACUUUUUGGACCACAAGAAGAAGAAGUUUGGCUACAAGCGAGAGCGAGUGCCGUUCGUCUUAACUCAAGACUUCUUAAUUGUGAUCAGCAAAGGAGGAACCCAAGAGUGCACUAAAACCAGAGAGUUUGAGAGGUUCCAGGAGAUGUGCUACAAGGCUUACUUGGCUAUCAGACAGCAUGCCAACCUUUUCAUAAAUCUCUUCUCCAUGAUGCUGGGCUCAGGCAUGCCAGAGCUGCAGUCCUUUGAUGACAUCGCUUACAUCCGAAAGACCCUGGCACUGGACAAAACAGAGCAGGAGGCCCUAGACUAUUUCAUGAAGCAAAUGAAUGACGCUCACCAUGGUGGAUGGACCACAAAGAUGGACUGGAUCUUUCACACCAUCCGACACCAUGCCCAAAACUGAGCCGACACAGAUCCCAGCCCACUGGUGGAAUUUGGGGCCGGAUAACAGGCAGAAACAAGACCCUUUUUGUAGGACGCACUGCCUGAUUUAUGCCAUGGAGAACCAUAGCACCAAAACCUCAUGUACAAAUGACCUUCAGAGCACUAAAACAACCUGGAAGGACAUCUUUGUUUGUCCUCUUGUUUAUUUUUCUUUUCCCCAUGUGAGGCAUCUCUUGCCCAUCAUCGUCCGGAGUGGUUGUAUGUUAUAGCUGUAGUUUUGUCCCAGUUUUUUUUCUCUCCACAUUGUGCUGCUCUUUUCCUGGAGAGUCAAUUCUUAUUAUUAUUAUUAUUAUUAUUAUUAUUAAUAUAUAUUUUUUUCUUCGGAAAACAAACCAUUGAAGACAAAAAAAAAAAAAAGUUCUGCACUCUUCAGGAGCUUUUGUGGGGAUGUUCAUGUCUUCCUGUUUAAAACUACAAAUGCCUUCUAACAUGCACGGAACCUCUGAGAACUCUAGAAAAACAGGGUAUGAAACUUUCUGGUCUGCUACCUGGCCUUUCCUCUCAAAACCAACACUAACCCCGCGAAAGGCAGCCCGAGGCGUAGCAGUAUGAAUCUGAUGGUGCUGAUUUUCGAUUUGCCCUCCUGUCCUUUGAGUUCAGUUGGUUUAUAAUAGACGAAUGAUAAGGUUUCGUUCUCUUUUCUUCCUUAUAUGCACAGUGAGCUAAAAUGAUAGCCUGAAUACCUUAUUAUGCACUGGACGUGAAUAUUUUUAUUUCCUUUUUAUUACGAACUCACACUUUGGCCUCACAGUAGCACUACAUGAGUCUCAUACUCCUUAUACAGACUUUUCAGAGACAUCGGUAACGACAUGGUUUGUGUUCUCAAUAUGCACAUAACGCACUACACAAUAACAGCGCAGGUUUCAUGGUAGAAAGAAAUAUUCAUUUUUAGGACUAUGGAUAUGAAUUUUUUGAUGGCCAGUACUGAUGGUGAGAAGUAAGCAAAUGAGUGCUGAUUUCCCUUAUUUUACACAAUAUUUACCCAGAAUAUUUUUUAUUUUUUACAAGGUUGUCAGUCAGUGGGUUAAAAAUGAAUGGCCUGGCUGAUAUAUAUCAGUUUAUAUCACUAAUCAGGACAUAUAUUUUCAUUUUUAUUCCUUACAGAUCAAUGAUGUUUUUCCUGUUCCAGUGUGCAAAACAUCACAGGAAUCCAGGUUAUCGGCUCUCUGUGUUUUCUUGGUUGUCCGGUGCGAUUGAGCAGCGCAGAGUAAUGAUUGUCCUACCAGAUGCCCUGGCAGUGUGCAGAUAUGAAGCCUUAAUACACUCGCAUAGUAUGAAUUGAUAUUCUUCUCCAUGUGCCCUUGCAUGCCACAGGAAAGCAAACACUUGUCGGUGCUUUGACACUGAGCAUUUACGAAACAACAAAAUAGCUUUUUCUCCCCUUCAGUUGAGUCGAUGUACCUCUGGGUACUUUAUUUUACUACGCUAAAGCUGGCAAGACCUUUCCUAUUAGCCUGACAUUUUUUUUUUUUUACAACUCGUAGUUUGUGUGUGAAGCAUUAAAGGGAUAGUCCACUCAAAAAUGACAGCUCUUUCGUUAUUUAUUGUAAACGUUGAUUACUAAACCUUUUCGGUUUCUAUUGAUUUUCAUAGAAUGGGCAAAAAAUACAACGAAAGUCAAUGGAAACUGAAACUGACUGAUUAUCAGCAUUGUGCAAAAUAUCUUCUUUUGUGUGAAGAAAGUCAGUCGUACAGGUUUUCAACGACUUGGGUCAUUUUGGGGUGGACUGUUUCUUUAAGAAAGAUGGUGCUAUGUAGUUGAACCUAUUGAAAGAUUAUAUAGACGAAACGGAUGUUUUAGAUGGUGAAAUGGCUUUUGGAUGCUUCAAAUGGAUUACACUGGUAAAGUAUCAUUUACCGAGGACACUACAGUACAGUGCAUUAAAAUAACUACAGAUACAUAUAUAUAUAUAUAUAUAUAUAUACAUAUAUGCAUAUAUAUACACACACACCUAUAUAUAUAUAUAUAUAUAUAUAUAUGUGUGUAUAUAUACGCAUUCUGUUUCCCCUCAUUGUCUCUUUUUUUCAUUAGAGCAGACAAUGUAUAGUGAAUGUUUCAUGGUGCGGGAUGUCUCGAAUGUGGCGUUACAGGGCUGAGCAAGCUAGAGAAAAAGAAAAUAAAGGUAGUUAUCUUUUAAUUUGACAUUUUCAAAUGAACUAAGUAAUGAGUGCCCUUUUGAGUCAGGUUAAGUGCCUUGCUUAGGGCUGUAAUGGCAGUGUUAUGUUCGAGCUGCUCCCUUCGCCUGUUGGUUUACCAGCUUUCUGGAUCACUUUAGCAGGUCGAAUCCAAACAAAUAAUCCCACAUUUAAAGGGAUAGUUCACCCAAAAAACAUUUACUCACCCUGAUGUGGUUCCAAACCUGUCUUUCUUUUUUCUGACACUAAAGAAGAUAUUUUGAAGAGCCCAAUUGACUUGUAUUGAAAUACAGAGACAUUUUUCAAAACAUAUUUCAUGUUUGGAGCAACAUGAAUGGUGACAAUUUUCUUUUUAGGGUGAACUCUCUCAUUGGGCACAGAUCCAGAUUUUCUCUUUCUAUUCCUCCUCGGCUCUUGUCGGUUAAUCCAAGCCCCUGUCGUGUUUCUGCAUUACUUUAAAGCUGUGAAAAUGUACAUUUACUAAUGAGGUGCAAUUGUGCUAUUUAAAUGGAUAUAUGGCUACUGGCAGGAAACCCAUGAGUACUAUUUUUCUCACCGUUUUUUGUACGUUGCCUUUUCCUCAAAAGGAAAGUCAGUGAUCAUACUUGCAUAACCACCUGAGAUAUUAACGAUCAGAUGAAAAUCUGAUUGAUCUAUGUAGGAAAAACUGAAGGAAACAACACAUGCUCAUUUCCAUGUUACAGUCUGACGAGGUCUUUGCUGAGCUUAAAUUCAGCUUAAAUACUGGGCAACAUCUAACAAUGCAAAUCAUAAUGAACGACAGUUUGUUUUUCUACUGUUAUUAAGUUUAAAAUGGUGUCCUGAAUUCUUACUAUUGUAGUAUUCCACAUUUAUGCAUAUUUUUUUUGCAAACAUUGUAACUCUUAUAUGCAGUAAACAAAUGAACAGAUAUACACUUGGUGUCAGACUGAUGUAUGCAGGUGGUUCUUGCACUUUGUAUUCCUCCGUACUUUGUUCUUUCUCUCUUUGCCUUCGGUCCUGAGGGACGCUUUAGUCUCCUGCAUGUGUUUUUAACCCUACGUGCUCAUUUACUGCCUGAAACUGAGAUCAGCUAUGUUAGAGCUUAGUCAUGGCAAGCAGCCUUAUGUUAGCUCUCUUAAAGCCAUUUAAUGCAUGGUUGUGUUCACUACGUGUUUUCCUCUGUACAGGUUACAGAUCUACUUGGGCUGGACCCGCUAAAAAGCCCAUUCAUAAACGUCUAAUGUAAUCCGUAGCUUUCUAAUUUACUUUUUAAUAAUUUUAAUGACUUGCAAACAAACUAUUGAGAUGCAGAAAUUCUGGAGUCUUUUGUAUGACACAGGAAAAUGAGAAAAAAAGGAGUUAAACGAAACAAUGUUUAAUAAGUUUCAGUUGUUGUACUUGAAAAUCAUCGCUCGGAACCGUCUUUGUGUGUCGACUACAAAGCCGUCAAUGUUACAUAGCACUGAAGGUUUACUUGCAUAGGCAAUUUCAUACCGAUUGUGAAUGUUUCAAUGGUUUGGUCUGGAGUCUCUUACAGUUAGAAACUCUACUACACCAAUAAAAAAGAGAGAAAAAUUACCAAUUAAAUUCAACGAGAAAUAAAGUAUAAAUUUGUUUGCCAUUAUGUGAAGUCUAAAAUUCUAUUUAAUGGAAGGUCAAAGCAUUUUUUGUUUUGUUUUGUUUUUAAAAUGCUUUGAGUGGUUACAUUUUCUCUCUCUGUAUUGCUGUUGCAUUUUACUCAUUUAUGUGUUGUUAUGAUGUCAUAAAGAUAUAAUUUUCUUUACUUUCACUAUUAUAAAAUUAUAUAUAGCGGGCCAAAUACUUUCUUUACCUCUUUACUUCCUUGCAUGAGAUUUAAAAAAAAAAGGGGAAAAAAAAAAAAAAUGGAAAAAAGAGAAAAGUUAAAGGUUUUUUUUUUUUUUUUUUGGGUAGAUGUAAGGGAUUUUUUGGCCUAUGACUGCACUCA